CUUUGCGAUUUGUGUUUCAAGUUACAAUGUCUUAAAUAUUGAUCAGUACUGUUCAAUAACGUUGUGUAUCGCGGGACAAGAGAAAUAGAAAUUAUAAUAACGGUUUAAUGUCGUACCGUGAAUGGGAGGAAGUUGCCAAAAUAGCUGGUACCACAGGUUAUGCGGCGAAGAAAAAGUGGAAAAAUUUAAGGGUCACAUUCGCACAAGAACUGAAAAAAAUACGAAACCCUCGUUUUGGAGCUGACGCUGCCAAUGAACCGGUAUGCAUAGACACUGGCCAUACGUUGGUUCCAUGGCCGCGAGAAACAGAUGGGAACAUUGAGCCAGAACACUCAGCUAACAGGAAGUCUUUGGAUUUUCUAGACCCUGCAAAUUCUACUCCGGAAGACGAACUGGAUGUAAGGAAUAUAGAAAAUACCUUUGACAGCGCUGUUUACACUGACGCUUAGCUCAUGUCGACGAUGAGCCUGAACUUCAGGUUCCUAAAGUAACAUUUGCAAUGAUACAUAAAUGUAAACAAAGAGAAGAAGGACCACAUACAUACAUUUCUCCAAUUAGAGAGAGAGAGAAGUUUAAAAUUCUGCGAAAGGAUGAAAAAGAAUACAAUGAAGAAGACCUCCUCUGGUUCAAGUCGAUAUUGCCAUUUAUAAAACAAUUGCCAUCAAAUAAUAAAUUACAUUUUAGAACGCAGAUGCACGAGUUGUUGCUAAAAAAAUAAAUACGUCACAAGUGCCACAACUUGAACAUACAAAUUUUACUGAACUUGAAGAAAUAUAAAAAGAGUAAUUACAUGUACUCU